AUCAUAAAGAUCCAACAUAAAAGAGCGAUGAGCAUCUCCACCGACGACAACGACAAGAUCCUCUUUGUCCAAACUGGUGGGACAAUCGACAAGGAUUAUCCCCGCAGCACUGGUGGCUAUGCGUUUGAGUUUGGAGAACCCGCCACCAUUCGGCUGUUGGAUCGGCUGCAGCCAUCGUUUGCGUAUACCGUUGCGACCGCAUUUCAAAAGGACAGUUUGGAAGUGACGGAUCAAGACCGAGAAGAAUUGGCCACCUUGAUUGGAAAGGCUUCGGAAAGUCGGGUGAUUGUCACACAUGGUACCGACACCAUGAUUGAUACAGCCAAAUAUCUACUGCUGGCCAAAAACGAGCCGUUACUAAAACACAAGACGAUUGUACUCACGGGGGCCAUGCGACCCGAGCGGUUUAGCAAUUCCGACGCCCCACUGAACCUUGGAGCGGCCAUUGCAGCCGUGCAACUGGCACCCGCGGGGAGUGUCCUUGUCACCAUGCACGGUGUGGUUCGACCGGCUCAGGAAGCCACCAGGGAUAUGGAAACUGGGCAAUUCAAGUAGAUACCUUUUUUGAUAACAGAGAUACUUGCCUAAUAGACCAAUACCCGACAACCAACAGCAUCUACACUACAAUCUACUAGUUCAUAAUUGAUAUCUCAACACGACGUUCUAUCUUGCUUGGAUUUAGGCAGAUCCCAAUAGAAAAGAACAACCAAGAGUUUCUAGAAGUCGUAGCCAUUUCUUCCAGGAUGUAGUAUGUCAUCCAUCCGAAACAGCCACUGUAACACCACCAUCCAAUUCCUAUAUACCGUACCAAAAUCCAUGCAGUCAGGUAGCUAACCUAGCUAGCGGUAAAUACAACUACUAUAAUUCUC